AUGCAAAUGUCCAAAACAGGUGGCAACCUAGAACCACACUCCACCGAGUCAGAGUUUCCAUAUCCCCUACUUAAAGGUUCAUGCUCCAGAAAACUUUCUUCAAAGGAUCCUUCGUAGAGUACUCGAUCGUUCGGUAUUUUAUUAUGGCUGAGGAAAAACAAGGACAAGGGACUAAUCCUCCUCAAGAACAACCCAAUGAGCCCUUGCCAAGGGACUACAACCAGCUCUUGGGGACAAACAAUCCUACCAAAACAAGUUGGCCAGAGCUGGUUGGUGUCACUGCUGAAGAAGCAGAGAAGAAGAUAAAGGAGGAGAUGGGUGGAGCUGAAAUUCAAGUGGUGCCUCCAGGCUAUUUUGUCACUGCAGAUUUCAAGCCCAAAAGAGUUCGAUUGUAUGUGGAUGAAUCUAACAAAGUCACCAGGGCUCCGGGAAUUGGCUAAUCCAUCUACCCAAAAUACUAUCAUUUAGUAAUUUCAUAUUUCUUUGUUUUGGCCGAGACAAUAGCGGCAUUUGAAUUUUGCAUUCCCAAAUUUGUAUCUUCCCUUCUCAUUGCAUUUUGAAAUGUUCAUUCUAAGAUAAAUAUCUGUGUUUCGAAAUGAACUUUUCAAAAUUUCAAAAUAUAACGAGAUGUUAGAUUCAAUAGUGGAAGUAGGAAAACAAAUGCCUGCAAUAGCAGUGUAUUAUGGUUUGACUAGAAUCUUAGGCUAUAGGUUUAAUUAAUCUUCCUCAGUAAGUGGAUUAUGUUAUCUGUAAACCAAUAAGGAUUCUUUAAGAAAAUUUGUUCCUUCUAUUGUAAAA